AUGCAAGCUGUUUCACUCUGCUUGGCUCUCCUUUUCCUACUUUCAACUUCUUCCAUCGGUUCUGCCACUAAAGGUUUCAGCAUCGACCUCAUUCAUCGUGACUCACUAUUAUCACCCUUCUACAACUCCUCCAUGACCCACUCGGAGCUGAUCCAAAACGCUGCGUUGCGCUCCAUUUCUCGAGCUAAACGCUUUCGCCAGUCUUCUAUGGCAGAAACUUGUGAGUUAGUGGAAACAGAUAUAAUCCCAAAUAGUGGAAACUACCUCAUGAAGAUCUUCGUUGGUACUCCACCUGUAGAGAGAUUGGCAGCUGCAGACACAGGAAGCGACCUUAUUUGGUUCCAAUGCUCACCUUGUCCCCAAUGCUACACUCAAAACGCAACGCUCUUUGAUCCAAAUAAUUCUUCCACUUACAUGUCUCUGUCAUGUAGCUCAGGCCCUUGUAAAGCUCUACCCCUAUUCUCCGGGCAAGGCCAGGGGUAUCCAAAAUGUGGAUUAACAUCGAAUGAGUGCAUGUAUUAUUAUAGUUAUGGAGAUAAGUCAUAUACAAUAGGAGAAUUGGCCACUGAGUCUAUUAGUCUUGGAACAAGCGACGGUGGCCAAGCUGUUUCGUUUCCUAAUACGGUGUUUGGAUGUGGACACAACAACGUUGGAAUUUUUAGCAGGAACGAAGCAGGGCUUGUUGGGCUUGGUCAAGGGGUUUUGUCGUUAGUUUCGCAAACGGGCAACGUAGGUCGCAAAUUCUCGUACUGUCUGCCUCCUUUCACACAAAAUACCACAACUAAACUAAGAUUUGGGGAAGAGGCUGCAAUAUCAGGAAAUGCUGUUGUAUCCACUCCCUUGAUCACCAGAUCUGAUUCCACGACCUAUUACUACCUCAAUCUUGAAGGUAUCACCGUUGGACAACAAACAGUGCCGCUGACUGCAGGUCAAAGCAAUGGAAACAUAGUCAUUGAUUCUGGGACGACAUUGACAAUCCUCCCAUCAGGCUUUUAUGACCAGGUUGAAGCUUUGGUGAAGCAAGCCAUUGGAGCUGAACAAUUCAUAGUUCAAAACAAUCAGUUCAAAUUGUGUUACUCAAAUGCUAACUCCAUCCAGAAUUUCCCAAAUUUUGAGGUUCAUUUUACGGGAGCCAACCUUUCCUUAAAACCUCAGAACCUUUUUCUUUCCAUGAACAACGAUGUUAUGUGCUUUGCGAUGCUUCCCGCUGAUUCAAAUGGAAUGUCCAUUUAUGGAAACGUGGCUCAGGUUGAUUUUGAAGUCGAGCAUGAUCUUGGUCAGAAAAAAGUUUCUUUUGCUCCUGUUGACUGUGCUAAUAAACAGUAAAGAUCUGCUGGAUUACUGGAAAUGUAGUCAUAUAUUUCAUGAAUAACGUACUUUGGCUGAUGGAGCCCAAGUAUUUGUAAACCCUACAGUUUUACACUUCCACACACACAUGCAUAUGCAUGGACUGUUAUGUAUGUCUAUUUGG